CCGAGGCUGCUCAUCCGUCAAGGCUUGCUCGUCUGGUGGUAGUCUGUCCUCUAUUAGACUGAUCUCCAAGGAUCUGCCUCCUUGUGUAACCGGCUCGUUGUAGACCCUGCCUUUUCCUCGUGUUUUCUGGGUUGAGCUGAGGUGGCUAAACCCCUUGUUUAAAAUUGGCCAUAAACGGAGGUUGGAAGAAGAUGAUAUGUACUCAGUGCUCCCACAAGAUCGCUCCAAGUACCUCGGAGAAGAGCUGCAAGGGUAUUGGGACAGAGAAGUCUUAAGAGCCGAAAAGGAUACACGCAAGCCUUCUUUAACAAAAGCAAUCAUAAAGUGUUAUUGGAAAUCUUACCUAGUUUUGGGAAUUUUUACAUUAAUUGAGGAAGGCACCAAAGUAAUCCAGCCCUUAUUUUUGGGGAAAGUUAUUAGUUAUUUUGAAAAUCAUGAUCCCACUGAUUCUGUGGCCUUGUACAGAGCGUACGGGUACGCCUCGGUGCUGACUUUCUGCACGCUGUUUCUGGCCAUACUGCACCAUUUAUACUUUUACCACGUUCAGUGUGCGGGGAUGAGGUUGCGGGUAGCCAUGUGCCACAUGAUUUAUCGGAAGGCACUUCGUCUUAGUAAUGUGGCCCUGGGCAAGACAACCACAGGCCAGAUAGUCAACCUGCUGUCCAACGAUGUGAACAAGUUUGAUCAGGUCACGAUCUUUUUGCACUUUCUGUGGGCGGGACCACUGCAGGCCAUCGCAGUGACUGCCCUUCUCUGGAUGGAAAUAGGAAUAUCGUGUCUUGCCGGGAUGGCAGUUCUGAUCAUCCUUCUGCCUUUGCAAAGCUGCAUUGGGAAGUUGUUUUCAUCACUGCGGGGUAAAACUGCAGCCUUCACAGAUGCCAGGAUCAGGACCAUGAACGAAGUUAUAACCGGAAUAAGGAUAAUUAAAAUGUACGCCUGGGAAAAGUCAUUUGCAGACCUUAUUAGCAGUUUGAGAAGGAAGGAAAUUUCCAAGGUUCUGAGAAGUUCCUACCUCAGAGGGAUGAAUUUGGCUUCGUUUUUUGUUGCCAGCAAAAUCAUCGUGUUUGUGACCUUCUCCUGCUACGUGCUGCUUGGCCACGUGGUCACAGCCAGCCGCGUGUUUGUGGCAAUGACACUGUACGGGGCUGUGCGGCUGACUGUCACCCUCUUCUUCCCUGCAGCCAUUGAGAGAGUGUCAGAAGCAAUCAUCAGCAUUCAAAGAAUCAAGAAUUUCCUGUUACUCGAUGAGAUAUCACAGCACAACCUUCAACUGCCAGCAGAUGGCAAAACGAUAGUGCAUGUGCAAGAUUUCACUGCUUUCUGGGAUAAGACAUUGGAAAUCCCAACCCUCCGAGGCCUUUCCUUUACUGUCAGACCUGGAGAAUUGUUAGCUGUGGUCGGUCCAGUGGGAGCAGGCAAGUCUUCACUGUUGAGUGCUGUGCUCGGGGAGCUGCCCCCGAGUCAGGGGCUGGUCACUGUGCAGGGGAAAAUCGCCUAUGUUUCCCAGCAGCCGUGGGUGUUUUCCGGAACCGUGAGGAGUAAUAUUUUAUUUGGGAAGAAGUAUGAAAAAGAACGAUAUGAAAAAGUAAUAAAGGCUUGUGCUUUGAAAAAGGAUUUACAGCUUUUGAAAGAUGGGGAUUUGACUGUGAUCGGAGAUCGGGGAGCCACACUGAGUGGAGGGCAGAAAGCACGAGUGAACCUCGCAAGGGCUGUCUACCAGGACGCUGACAUCUACCUCCUGGAUGACCCACUCAGUGCAGUGGAUGCGGAAGUUGGCAAGCACCUGUUUCAGCUGUGUAUUUGUCAAACCUUGCAUGAGAAGAUCACAAUUUUAGUGACUCAUCAGUUGCAGUACCUAAAAGCUGCAAGCCAUAUUCUGAUACUAAAAGAUGGAGAAACGGUGCAGAAAGGAACUUACACCGAGUUUCUGAAAUCUGGAGUAGAUUUUGGUUCCCUUUUAAAGAAGGAAAAUGAAGAAGCUGAACAAUCUUCAGUUCCAGGAACUCCUACGCUGAGGAAUCGUACCUUCUCUGAGUCUUCAGUUUGGUCUCAACAGUCUUCUAGACCCUCUUUGAAAGAUGGCGUUCCAGAGGGCCAGGAUACAGAAGAUAUACAGGUAACACAACCAGAGGAGAGCCGUUCUGAAGGGAAAGUUGGCUUCAAGGCCUAUAAGAAUUACUUCACAGCAGGUGCAUCCUGGUUCAUCAUCAUUUUCCUUGUUCUUCUAAACCUGGCAGCUCAGGUUGCUUAUGUCCUUCAGGACUGGUGGCUUUCCUACUGGGCAAACGAACAAAGUCUGCUGAAUAUCACUGUAAAUGGGGAAGGAAAUGUAACUGAGAAGCUAGAUCUUAACUGGUACUUAGGAAUUUAUGCAGGUUUGACUGUAGCUACCGUCCUUUUCGGCAUAGCAAGAUCGCUGUUGGUGUUCUAUGUCCUUGUUAAUUCUUCCCAAGCUUUGCACAAUAAAAUGUUCGAGUCAAUCCUGAAAGCUCCAGUAUUGUUCUUCGAUAGAAAUCCAAUAGGAAGAAUUUUAAAUCGUUUCUCCAAAGACAUUGGACAUAUGGAUGACUUACUUCCCUUGACAUUUCUAGAUUUCAUCCAGACACUGUUGUUCGUCAUCAGUGUGAUGGCCGUGGCGGUGGCCGUGAUUCCUUGGAUCGCAGUACCGAUGAUUCCCCUGGCCAUCAUUUUCUUCGUUCUUCGGCGCUACUUCUUGGAAACCUCAAGGGAUGUCAAACGCCUGGAGUCCACAACACGGAGUCCGGUGUUUUCCCACUUGUCCUCCUCCCUCCAGGGGCUCUGGACGGUCCGGGCAUACAGGGCUGAAGAGAGAUGUCAGGAGCUGUUUGAUGCCCACCAGGACUUGCACUCAGAGGCUUGGUUCUUGUUUCUGACAACGUCACGAUGGUUUGCCGUGCGUCUGGAUGCCAUCUGUGCCAUCUUUGUCAUCGUUACUGCCUACGGGUCCCUGAUCCUGGCACACACUUUGGAUGCUGGGCAGGUUGGCUUGGCCUUGUCCUACGCCCUCACGCUCAUGGGAAUGUUCCAGUGGUCUGUUAGACAAAGCGCCGAAGUGGAGAAUAUGAUGAUUUCAGUGGAGAGAGUCAUUGAAUACACAGACCUGGAGAAAGAAGCGCCAUGGGAGUACCAGAAACGCCCGCCGCCGGACUGGCCCCACGAAGGAGUGAUCAUCUUUGAUAACAUGAACUUUACGUACAGCUUGGAUGGGCCUGUGGUGUUAAAACACUUGACAGCACUCAUUAAAUCAACAGAAAAGGUUGGAAUUGUGGGAAGAACCGGAGCUGGAAAAAGUUCUCUCAUCUCAGCCCUUUUUAGAUUGUCAGAACCUGAAGGUAAAAUUUGGAUUGAUAAGAUCUUGACAACUGAAAUUGGACUUCAUGAUUUAAGGAAGAAAAUGUCAAUCAUACCUCAGGAACCCGUUUUGUUUACUGGAACAAUGAGGAAAAACCUGGAUCCCUUCAAUGAGCACACAGAUGAGGAACUGUGGAAUGCCUUAGAAGAGGUACAGCUUAAAGAAGCCAUCGAAGAUCUUCCUGGUAAAAUGGACACUGAAUUAGCAGAAUCAGGAUCCAAUUUUAGUGUUGGACAGAGACAGUUGGUGUGCCUUGCCAGGGCAAUUCUGAAGAAAAACCGCAUAUUGAUUAUCGAUGAAGCAACAGCUAAUGUUGACCCAAGAACUGAUGAAUUAAUACAAAAAAAAAUCCGAGAGAAGUUCGCCCACUGCACCGUGCUGACCAUCGCACACAGACUCAACACCAUCAUCGACAGUGACAAGAUCAUGGUUUUGGAUUCAGGAAGACUGAAAGAAUAUGAUGAGCCAUAUAUUUUGCUGCAGAAUAAAGAGAGCCUAUUUUACAAGAUGGUACAGCAGCUGGGCAAGGGGGAGGCCGCUGCCCUCACCGAAACAGCAAAACAGGUGUACUUCAAAAGAAAUUAUCCGGAUAUUGCUCGCACUGGCUCUGUGGUUAUGAACACUUCCAAUGGACAGCCCUCAGCCUUAACAAUUUUUGAGACAGCACUGUGAUUCUACCAAGAUGUCAGUCAAGUCAACAUGUUCCAAAGGCGUUUUCCACAGUUUUUGCACUGCAUAAACUACCUUGUACUUUUUUCUUAACUCUAGCAAAAAAAUUUAUACACGCAAGAUGUCGGUGUAUUUGGACCCCCCCCCCAACUUCACCCAAUAAUUUCAACCUCUAAGAAAGUGCUCUUUUAUUUCAAUAUUGUAAUUUUUUAAAAAUCCAAAUCAGAGGUGCAGGCCACUGAUACAACAGCCUACCAGAUUUGGUGCCUUAACAGACUCCAGAGCCAAAGCCCAUUCAUUGUGUGAGGAAUAGGGCAAAGUUGUCACAGGUCGAUUGCUUUUGUUUUUGUUUCUUGUUGAUCCCAAAGUAUCUGUUAGUUUCCAGUGAUAGCAGAGAUUCUGUUUACUUAAAGACUGUGUGAAGGUUGUCUUGUCUCACCACUUUCUUUAACAUAACUAGGAUCCACUACGCCCCCCAAAGGCUGCUAAUUAAAACAGUGCAGAUAAAACUUACAAAAUAUAUAUAUGGACAUUGUAGUAGGGAGAGUCUGCCCCCCAAAAGAUACGUGGUUAAAGUACAGAAGGAAAAUGUUUUACGCUCUAAUAAGAAAGAGAAAAUAAUGCUUUUUCAAAAUGGCAUCCCUUCUAGGGAGUUUGAUGACAAAGGACACAUGUAGGGACAGCCUCAUUGUUAGAGCUGCCUCACUUGGACAUGAAAGGAACUGUGUUUUGGUUCCAGACUCAGCAUGGUGAUACUUUCCAGAAGGGCCAAACCUCUGAGUGUAACUCCUAAAACAUGUAGUAUUAUUUUGAUUUGGAUUUCUGGUUUACAGCAGGUAAACCUCUAUUGACUAUAAUCUUUUUUGGUUUCGCUUUUCUUGAAAUCCUUUCAAAAUUGCACACAUAGACUCUUUGAGUUGGUGAGAAAAAAUGAAAAUCGUUGCACUAAUUGGCCAUAAUUAUGCAGUACUUUCUCAGGAUGUGUCCAGAAGCUUCACUUUGAUGAACCUGUCCCAAUCAGUUUACUUCUGACCACUAAUAGAGCUUCUUUAGGUCAUUCUAGUUAGUGAAUCAACAAACCACACCACUUCCUAAGCCAACAGUAAUUCAUUUGACCCCUCAGCCUUUACUUUUUCUUGAUGGUGAUAGCUCUGAGGUGUUGAGUUCAAGUUACUAAAUGUUUACUGUCAGUUUGAGAUGGACUUGACCUUGCAGAAUAAGUUGAAACCACUAUCAGGUUGCAUAUAUUACUGCACACACAGGUGUGUGUGUAUAGGCUAUACUUUAAUGCCUACAGAUAAGGUGGUUCGAUUCGUUAACAGAACGGCUGUUUUCUAAAAUGAAGCAUAAAAAAGCACACACAGCAAAUCACCAAAGUACUAUAAGUGAAGUGGCUGUUUGACUCCGUGUAUGUGGAAGUCGGUGAUUAAUGUUUAGUGCAGUAAAUCACGUGCACUAAGUUGUUUAUUAAUAGUCGUGGUUAGUAUUUCAGAAGACUGAAGUGGCAGUGAUGAUAAUGAGGUCUGUUUAAACACUAGAAAUGUUUUAAAUGUAUAUAUGUUUAUUUGGUCUGUAGAGAUCAAAGGCAGUCAUAUAAAUAUGUUUCUGUUUCAUUUCUGUUUUAAUGUCAUCACAGGAUUUU